CACAUAGGACCCUCCCAGUGGAGCUACAAAUAGAGAAUAUUAGGGAAAGUGGAAUAUUUUGAUUUAAGAUAAAGUAGAGUUGAGUUCAUCCAAGUAACUGUAUUCUUUGAAAUUUAGACAAAAUGUCCCUGUGCUAGUAUGUAUUUUGUAGCAUGUUCUUUUCAAGUAGUGUUUUUCCUUACUUUGUUAGGUCUUGUGUGCUGUAUGAUAUGUACUGACCAGAUGUGUCUUCUGUAAUCAACUACAAGGUCAGACAGAGAGCUGGAGCCAGCUCCAAAUUAGCAAGAGAUUGACUGUUGUGAAGUUAAUAAUAACAUUAAAAUUAGACCUUGAAAAGUAACAGUGUGCAUAAGAUUUCUGGGAGAAUUUAUACACAUGCAUGUAAGUGGGAAAUAGUCUGUAGCCAGCUUUUGUCUGGCUAUACAUGAUGGAUGGAGAUAACUUCCUCGUGUUGCCCAGGCCUGAUAAAGGAUUCUUGCUUUCUAAAACUCCAAGUCUUAAGAGAGUUUAUUUGCCAGUAUUUUUUGGUAUCAGCAGCACAUGGGAACAUCAGGGAACGUCUGCGGGUAGGGGUGGCAGUAGCGCCUCUGGGGUUCCUGUAAUCCCUGUCAGGUAUGAUCAGGUCUGGCCGGGCCUGUGGCCCAGCUUUAGGAAGUUCCAGCAACAUCAGACUUGUAUCUUUCUUAAGGAUCCGAGAUGCACACUUUGGCUCCAGCAUGAACUGUUUGUGAGUCAAAUGGGAUGAGAGAAUCACUUGUUGGCCACUUCAGUUGCAUUUGGGUGUCAUGUGUAUGGAGUCUGUGUUGCUUCUUACAGCAUUCCGUCGUUAGUCAGGACUGUUGUGCUCACUGAUGGCUGUGUUUAAAUAUGUGUUUGUAUUUAAAAUGACAGCUUUAUAUUUUAGGAUGGCAGGUAGCUGAUUUUUUUCACAUUUGGCCCAGCUGACCCUCUUGAAAUGGGCAUUUUUGGCACGUCUCUUCCAUAGUUUUAUUUGGCACCUCCUUUCAUAGUCUCAAUAGAAAUGGCAGAAACGGCUCCUGAUGCUUCUGAGAAACUGGUUGUCAUCCACUCCAAAGCUCACAAAGAUACCAUUCUAGCUAAUUUUGAAGAACAAAGGAAAAAGGAUUUUCUUUGUGACAUUACUCUAAUAGUGGAGAAUGUACAAUUCAGGGCCCAUAAAGCUUUGCUUGCUGCCAGUAGUGAAUACUUCUCAAUGAUGUUUGUAGAUGAGGGUGAAAUAGGGCAGUCAGUUUACAUGUUGGAGGGAAUGGUUGCAGACACCUUUGGAGCGCUCCUAGAAUUUAUCUACACUGGUUGCCUCCAUGCUAGUGAAAAAAGUACAGAACAAAUUCUGGCUAUUGCACAGCUGCUGAAAGUGAAUGACUUGAUAUGGGCCUGUACGGACUAUCAGGCCAGCCAUAGCCUGAGUAAUGCGUUACCAACUCCACCAAAUAGCGGAGCCUCUGUAGCUGUUACUGCAAGUGACAAGAAAAAUGAAGAUCCACCACCAAAGCGAAAACGAGGGCGACCAAGGAAAAUCAAGAAUGUCCAAGAAGAAAAAUCAGGAGUGACUUCUGCUGAAGAUGGGCAACUCAGAGAGAACAACUCUGUGCAAAAUAAGCAAAAUUCUGUGAAAAAAGACACUGCAGCAGAAGAAACGGUUGUCAGCGAACAGACUCCCGUGAGGAAGGAUGCAGAAGAACCUGAGCCUGCGUGUGGCUCAGAAGCUGCUGUCGAUCUGUCGGCUGAAAAAGAUGAGAAUUACGAUCCCAAAUCUGAAGGAAUACAGUGCGCUCAGAGCCGUUACAGCAAACGUAGAAUAAGGAGAUCAAUCAAACUAAAAGAUUAUAAACUUCUUGGUGAUGAGGAUGAAAAAGGACUAGCAAAGAGAACUGGAGGAAAAAGAAAACGUGCAAGUUCUGAAGCUCGCUGUAAAGACUGUGGCAAAGUGUUCAAAUAUAAUCACUUCUUAGCUAUUCAUCAGCGAAGUCAUACAGGGGAGCGCCCUUUUAAAUGCAGUGAGUGUGGCAAAGGCUUUUCCCAGAAGCAUUCUCUUCAAGUCCAUGAGCGGAUGCACACUGGGGAACGGCCAUACAUGUGCACCGUCUGCAGUAAGGCUCUGACAACAAAACAUUCUCUUCUGGAGCACAUGAGCCUACAUACGGGUCAGAAGGCUUUUACGUGUGAUCAGUGUGGGAAAUAUUUCAGCCAAAAGAGACAGCUCAAGAGCCACUACCGAAUACACACAGGCCGUUCACUGCCGGAAUGUAACCAGUGUCGUCGCAAAUUCAUGGAUGCAGCUCAGUUAAAGAAACAUCUCAGAACACAUACAGGUGAGAAGCCCUUCACUUGUGAAAUUUGUGGCAAAUCAUUUACAGCUAAAAGUUCACUUCAGACUCACAUUAGAAUUCACAGAGGAGAAAAGCCGUAUUCUUGUGGUAUAUGUGGGAAAUCCUUCUCCGAUUCCAGUGCUAAGAGAAGACACUGCAUCUUACACACAGGCAAAAAGCCUUUCUCCUGCCCAGAAUGUAGUUUGCAGUUUGCUCGCCUGGACAACCUGAAGUCUCACUUGAAAAUUCAUAUCAAGGAAAAGCAGUUUCAGGAAGCCAGUGCUGCUCCAAGCAUCAACGUUAAUUCAGAAGUGAGAAACAUUCUUCAGCUGCAGCAGUAUCAGCUUGCUACCGCUGGAGGGCAGGAAAUUCAGCUACUGGUUACAGAUGCAGUACAUAAUAUAAACUUCAUGCCUAGUCAUAAUCAAGGCAUUAGUAUUGUUACUUCAGAAAAUGCCCCAAAUAUAACAACAGAGCAAGCUGCUAACCUCACGCUGCUUGCUCAGCCACAACAGCAGUUGCAAAACUUGCUGCUUUCAGCCCAGCAGGAGCAAGCAGAACAAAUCCAAAGUAUCAAUAUGAUUGCAAACCAAAUAGAGACUGCCCAGCGUGAACAAAUGCAUGUCAUCGCUCUUUCCAAGGAAGCACUAGAACAUCUCCAUGCUCAUCAAGGACAAAAUGAAGAAAUCCACAUAGGAGGAUCCUCACAUCCAGUUCAGCACGUGCAGCUGACUCAGGAAUCAAAUCAACAGUCUCACUCUGGCCAAGAUACAGUUCCUUCCCAUCAAAUCAGUGAAGAACAGAAUCGAAGCAUAUGUGUCUCUGAAUCCCAUCAGCAAUCUUUGUCAGUAAAUGAGUCAUCUCACGAUCAUCCUGUUCAAGGACAGGCUUUCUGAAAUGCUUAUUUGUCAUCAGAGGGCUAGGGUGUAGCAUGCUUCUUAUCCAAGCAGUGAUAACACAUAUCGCACUUUCUUUUCUGCAGCAUAAUCUGUCUGAAGAUGUAUUUCUUGGCUAUUUUGAUGGGUGAUUUUUCAUUUUUUUAAUCUUAUUUAUUUUAGACUUUAUAUUUUUCCAGAUUGGUGUUUCUUUACAACUUAGUCUAUACCUGACGAGCCAUUAAUGUCGGGGCUUGUGCCUCAUAUACAUCCAUACCUACUGAGAAGGUUUGGCCCCGUAUUUGCAUUUCUGUGUGACUCUCCGGAAACAUGUACCUUGCUGGUAGAAGAACUGUGUUUAAGAUGUCUGCUGAUCAAAAAGUAUGACUUCUCUGAUUAAGUCAACAUUACAGGAACUACUGUCAAGCUUAAGGGAACCAGUACUUUUUGCAAAGCUAACACCAUAUGUCUUAUGUAUAAUGUCCUAUAUGCGAUCGUUCCCUGAAGUGCAUUUUGAUUUAUUAACUGCCACGUUGGUUUGGUUUGAUUUGAAAUAGUUCCAGACUUUGACUGGCCCUUUGGUUUACUGUAUGCUGUACAAGUUUUUCUCCUCAGAAAUGAUCAAGGCAUUGCACUUGAAUAGUGGCAAUGAGAUGCAAUGGUUACACUGGGCAACUGAGAAGCCCAGAAUCUACUCUGUUAGUUCUACCACUCACUUUGUGUGUGACUGUGGGCAAGGUAGUUGACCUCAGUGCCUUAUUUCAUCAUCUAGUAAGUGGGGAUAGUGAUCACAUGCUCUGCCAAGCACUUUGAAGAGCUCUUGAUGUUGAAGACACAGUUUAUUGAAGUGCAAAAUUCUCUUCCUGACAAGAUUAAAUCUAAGCUUAGGAGCCAGUAUAUAUUUAAAGUCUUAUUUUUUGUACUUUGGAGAGCAGAAUGUAAUCUUAAUAUAUGGUAAAGCUGGUAAUUAUUUUAGUGGGGGCUUGAACAAUGAAUAGAAUCGCUUCAGAGCAUAAUGGACUAUCUAAGUGGGGCAUAUAGCAUGAAUUUGUACAGGUAUUCUCACUGACUAGAUUAGAUGUGUACAAAUUGUUUUCAGUAACUGACUGCUAACAAAAAAGACUUGGCAUCUUAAUAAAAUGCCAUGCCAGAAUACAUGCUUUGCAUUUUCAAGUUGGCUCGUGGUAACAUCUCACAUACCAUACUAGUGUGAUAAAAUCCAGAUAAAGUGUCACUGGUACUUAAUGUGCUCAAUCAUCGCUUCAGUUUUAAAAUGUCCUACUUGUGGUCUACAUUGGUAUUUUAUGUUUUAACAAAUGAAAAAUGUAAAAAUUAAGGUGAAUUUAAAAGCUAAAGAAAAAAAUCUUUGUAUGUGCUUGGCUUAUGUAACUGCCUAGAGAGUGUCACUGGCAUAAAAGCCCAGUGAGUAGAAUGAUAGAGUAGUUUAAGGUGAAAGGCACUUCCAGAGGGCAUCUGGUCCAUCACCUGCCUCAAAGCAGUUCUAACUAGAUCACGUCACUGUUGUCUGGUUGGUUGAGUUUUGAAUGCUUCCAGGGAUGGAGAUGCACAACCUCUGUAGGCCAGUUCCAGGGUUGGACAAUAUUCAUAGUGGAAAAAAGUUUACUAUAUUGAGUUGGAUUUUCCCAUGUUCCAGUCUGUGUCUACUUCCUCUUGUCCUACUGCUGUGCCUCCAAGAAGUGUCUGGCCCUGUCUUCUCUACACCCUCCCAUCAGGUAGUGGAAGACAACAGUAAGGUCCUCCUAAAGCCUUCACCUUUAAAGGCGUGAGCAAGCCCAGCUUUCUCAGCCUUUUCCAUCUUGUGCUUGAGCUAGUUAAUCACCUUUGUGGUCUUCUGUUGCCCUCAGUCCAGUAUGUCAAUUUCUAUCUUGUUCUGGGCAGCCCAAAUUCUGGGCAACAUUCCUCAUUCAAUUUUGUCAUUGAUGACACAGCCAGCUGAUGACCAUGUGCUGUGGGAGUUCGGCUAAAUGUCUCAAUUCUGUCAAAAUACUAGAUCAGUUUUCAUAUAAAUUGGUCCUAAGAAGGGUAGGUAGCGGGAAUAAAUCAAUGCCAAAACCAGUGUCCCACGGCAAAACUCUAGUUAGGCUUUUCACCUUUUGUUUUUUCCUCUCGGAAUGGAGAGUUGGAGUUUAUAUACUUCUGCCACCAGAAAGAACCAGCGUAUUCUGCAGUCGUACUUCAGAAGCUUGAAAUCUUGGUGCUGUAAGAAUGGAUGAAAAAAUACAGAGAAGCUUCUUACAACAUCUAUGAAAGUCUUACUGAUUAAUUGUGUAAGUUUACAAUAAAUAUUCUGGAAAUUUUAUUCUAACAACUUCGAUUUUAUCUGAAGUAUUGUAAUGUGCAGCCAUAACGCUGUCUGGUCAUAAGUUUACAGGAGCUUGCACCGAGUUCCUUCCCUGCCAUAUACUUACAAAUCCUGGAAUGCCUAAAAGCUGAUUACAAGCUAAAUUCUAAGACUACCAGUAAAGUAACUGUUAGAUAUUUUCCUCUUUUUUGAACUUUGUCUUGCUUGUUAAGAAGUUAUCGUUGCAGGAUUAAGUACAAUGCUACAGUCACGCUUGAGCCACUAUCAUAUAGUGAUUGUUUGAUGCUUUCCCUGUAUCUAAAAAUAAUGAAGUUUUGGGUUUGGAAUUUUCUUAUGCUUUUCUACCAAAUUACCAGUGAAGAAACGAACUUCUGUGAGUAUCCUGGCAGUGACUCAUCUUGCAUCCUGCAUUGCUUAAGCUGUCAGCGCACAUUGUAGCUUGCACUUGAGAAGCUGGCGUAGCUCCUCGUACCACAAAUGUUGCUUUUUUGAUGCCGUUUGCUUCCUUUCUAGUGAAUGCAUUUCUAUUAAAGAUGAAAAUCAAUCCCUCUUCUGUGUGUGCAUUUUUAAGGCUGCAGCUGAAGCCUAGGAUUGCUUUGAAUUUGAAAGGAAAACCCUUCAGCUUUGCUUUUUAGUCCAGCUGCCACUGAGAACUACUUACCAAAAAUUGCAUCCAUUAAAAACUACAUUUCAAAGCAGCUCUCUAAAUCUUUACUCCUUAGCCAGUAAACACCUUAACUUCUCAUUUUCUCACAAAGACUAAUCUUAUUAGCAAAUCCAUCUCACUGCUUACUGUGUUAAAUGAGAUUAGGAUUUUAGAUGUAAACACAGGACAAUAAGAUGACUACAGAAAAAUCCAUUUUUGUGAGCAAUUAACACCACUGUGUGGGGUUUUUUUCUACUCUGUUUGUAAGUUACACAGUGUAGCUGAACUCUGGAAGGAUUUAAUAUUUUUUUAAAAUACAAGUUUAUUAAUGAUGGCUUUUUCUGAACAUUUCUCCAGGUGAAAACUGAAAACAGUCCCUGAGAGGUAAAGCAAGUGCACUGUCAAGCGUGCGCUUGACUAUUGCGUGUGCACUUUGCUUACUGGUUAUACUCAUGGUUUAGCUAUAAGUAGCAUUUCUUGACCUUGGCACUCUAAAGUUGUGGAGAGUUUGCUGUUCUGUGUGUGGAAGCUGAGAUGCUGUAGUGUGCAUUAGACCAGUGGACCUCCUAGUCCAGCAUCUCAUUAUUGAUAGAUGAAUAUUGAAGUAUUUAUUUCGUAGGAGCUGUGAAAGCAAAUUAUCUUGGCAAUAUGCAAAGCUUCAUCUCAGCACGUGUGGAUCUGCAAGAGGUUUUUUUAAUACUUGUUUUAAGCUCUUUUUCUGCUCAGAGUGACUAAAAAAACACUACUAGGAGUUGUACAGCCGUUACCUCUUAGCAUCUAAGUGGAAGAGGAGAUGACAACCUCCCCAUUUCAAACUGAAUGCCUAUUCACAGCUGAAAGUGGGGACAUUGAGCCUGGAAUUGAUCUUGCCAGCUGUUCAGGAAAGAGUUUUGCUUGCAUCUCUCUAUUUUUAAAAUACUUAUUUUGCUGUCUUAGCUGGUUCAUCAUCACAAUCACAUACAUAGUUGGUGUUUGCUAAGACCUAUACUAGUGUGCUGAAAUUUUGUUUUUUCAGUCCUUUCCCACUUGGCCUUAAAUGAAAGCUAAUAUGGGAUUCCUUCCUAGUCACUGACCCAAUGUCUGUGGGAGCACAGCAACCUGAUACAUUUUCUGUCUCCUCACAUAUUCCAUCUCUG